ACGUAAACCAUUAAUGACUUAUCAGAAAAGAUGAAUUUUUUCAUAGCUUCAAUAUACCAACAUGUUAAAAGGGACAUUCCUCCCCUUUUGCUAUGUAUUUGGACAAAGUUGGGCUAAAGUUGGGUAAAUUCAAUGUUUUUUGUUACCCUAAUUUAGCUUAUCGGUUAUCUUCUUUAGUACUACAAUGACCCGUCAAAGGAGAAACUUUUGAAAAGCUAACCCACAAAGUAGCUUUUUUGUUCAGUUGAGUACUCAUUUCGUUUUUCUCUUAUCCAGUCUCAUGUUUGUCAAUCUUGAUUAGGUUUUUGCCUCUCCUCUUUCACAACUUCUUAUCAAAGGUUGAAGGUUGAAGCAAUGAUGGAUAUGAAGGAGAGAAUGGUGAAGAAACUUAAGCUUAUUACAUCUCUUGGGAACUUGAAGCAGGCGAUAGCUCUCCACAAAAGCAAUCUUGAUCACACAAUCUUUCAUCAAAUAGAUGAGAAAGAGUGUCUUACGCCAACGACAAUUGAGGUUUCUGAGGAUAAACGACUUCAACAGAAUCUUGAUGAGCUUUUGUGGGCUUUUGAAGAGAAAUGUGUAGCUGGUGGGCAAGAUUCUGUUGCUUCUUCACAACAAGUCUACGAGGAGUGAGAAAGACUUUCGAAGAUUGCAGAAGAGUGAGAUUCUUGCUAGAGAAUCAUAAGGCAUCAUUCCGAGAAAGAGAUGUUUCAAUGGAUUGUGAGUACAAAGAAGAGAUGUGGAGAUUGCUUGGGGAGCAAGUUACACCUCCUAGGCUCUUCAUAAAGUGUAAGUACAUUGGUGGAGCAGACGAGGUGGUGUCUCUUAACGAAAACGAGAAGCUCAAGAAGCUUCUAGAAGUGUUUUCAUCAGCUAAGUCGCGGCAGUGUGAGAUGUGCGAGAACGAAAGAUUUUUGAUAUGUUCGAAAUGCAAUGGGAGGUCGAGAGUUGUUGCAGAGCACGAAACCUGGAAGAGAUGCAUAGAGUGUAAUGAGAAUGGUCUUGUGAAAUGUGCUCUUUGUACUUAAUCCAAGAUUCCAAGUGCUUAAUAACAAUUUAUU